GAGAGACAGAAGAACAAGGAGGAGCUGGUCAAAUUCAGGGAGCGCAUUGGCAAUGCAGAGCGGAAUGCCACCUGCACGGCGUCGCAGACAUUGCAGCCGCACCGAGGAGAUCUCACGCCAAUGCCGAGCAGCACGACAGUCCCAUGGUUUAUGUACUUGGGCACCCCAGACAAGCAGGCGCUUGCCAUUGUCGACAAGAGCUUCAACUCUACAUAUUCGAGGAAGGGUCUGGGUGCAAUUCUGGAUGCAUAUCACAAUUGGAUGUGUAAGCCUGCUGGUCCAAUAUCUCUUCCGAUCGCAUCGGAGAAGGAGCCCAACGGGAAGUGCGCGUGGGACCACUGCUUCUGCACGCCAUCUGGGAAACGAUUGUAUAGCCGUCGCAAUGCUUCCCUCCGUUUCUUGAAAGGGCAGACACCUCGUGAUGCGUCUUGGCGCAACAUGCUCUUGACAGGCAUGCUGGUUGUCAGAAUCAGGAGCUUGCCACUGCAGCCUUUCUUCCCGCCAGACAGCGACGAGUCCGAUUACGACGUGGCCAUGGAGAAUGCGAUAGCGAUGGAGGAGGAUGUAUCUUUUUGGCAUCUCAGUUACACUACGUUGUCACCGUACGACGUCAUGCUGCAAGAGAUGACCUGCGAUGAUAUGCACACGCCUUUCUUGAAUGACGUCACUGUGGAGGUGCAUGGGACGAACAACCAUCUCGAACUUUACGAUUGGUGUUACACUCUGCGAGAAGAUAGAUCACAUGACGCUAUGCUGUACAAGCUCGUGAACAAUCACGAGGGUUUGGACCUCGACCUCGAAAAAGACGUGGGCGGGGUCGUGGAGGGCGCCACGGACGCGGACGAGGUAGGGAUGCAGCUCGAGGCCGAGGUGGCCGAGGCCGUGGGCGAGGACAUGCGGGAAGGG